UUCUCUCACUGUCAGUGUUGAUCUGCGGCGCUUAACAAGUUGUGGAAAGGAAAGUUGGCGAAUUCUAUUUUUCGCAUCUCGUCCAUUCGUACGAACAUUCGUCAAAGUCAGGUGAUUAUCGGUGCGUUCGAGAUCGCGAACCGGUGAGAGGAAGAUACGUCUGAGUCUGUUCGUAGCGAGAAAAAAAUUUCGCGGCUCUGCUCAAUUAUAUAUAUGUGUGUACGUGUAUAAGUAUGAGUGUUUCGGAGUGUCAUCGUAUCGCGCGCACACAGAUCAUGUUACCAAUGUUGCAAGAAAAUUCGUUGUUUCCGCUGAACCCCAGCCUGGAGGACGAGAUCCGUCGGCUGUUCGACAUCAAUUACAGGGUGCCGGUACCGACAGUUGAAGAAGUGAUGGCGGACUUUCGGCUCAACGGUCAAGAUUACGAGUAUUGUCCGGACUUGGACACGGACAUGGUCAAACAGAAUGUUCCACGACGAAAAAAGAACAAGAAACCCUUGCCUACGGAAUGCGUUUUUUGCAGAAAUAACGGCGAAGAGGAAAUGUAUUAUCGACAACAUUUGCUGAAAGAUGUCGACGGACGUGUCUGCUGUCCCGUUCUCAGGGCGUACACGUGCCCGAUCUGCGGGGCAUGCGGCGACACGGCACACACAGUCAAGUACUGUCCGCAGGGUCCUUUUAACGCCAACUCCUUGACUGCGGCGAGCGCAUUCAAAUUCAUGAGGAACUCAACGGGCAAGCGUCGCAGCAAGUAAGUGCACUGGACGACACACGGACAUCUUUUAUGCGCGGGCGACGAAAAAUUAAGUAUCUUUAAGACAACUAAAAUAAACCGGAACGCGUUUCAUGAAAGAGAUAGAAAAGAAGUUAAACGUCGAUAUAUUUAACAAGUGUCUCGUAUUCCCGCAAAUACGUUUGAAACUUCGAUUCUAAAACGAGAUCGACAUUUGAACUUGUCAGGUUGAAAUUUUACGUUUUGCGCUCAAUAUAUCCUGUAUUUUUUCCUACUCAUACAUACACACACACACAUACUUGGAUAUUCAUAAUGAUAUAAUUUGUAAUUUAUCUCCGAAUUUAUUUGUAAUAUUCAUCGUUUUUAAUUUAUCCGAAUUUCUACCAUAUUUUUCUCUAAUUUGUAAUUUAUUCCACUUCCCGCACAUUCUCCUCCUCCGUGUAUUUUAUUCUCUUCUCUUAUAUUCCCGUCCCUUCCCUCUUGUAUUUGUAAAAUAUAAUUUAUGAAUUAUAUGCGAAUCACAUCAUCAGAUGCAAACCGCGUUGAGAUCAAAUGAACCCUCUCGAUUUAGAACUGGAAAGUUUUACGCGUAUUUCGAGAGAAAGAGAGAGAGAGAGACACACACACAGAGUCACGUCAUCAAGUCAAUUUAAGAGAGUAGACGUUUAUUGUGAUGCACUUCGUGAUUUAAGGUAUUCUUUGUUCCUAUACGCACAUUUGUGCCUUUUCCGAGAUCUAUUUGAAGGAGAAAUCGUGUACAAACAAACAUUCCUUGCAUCCACUGUUUCCGUCUAAACAAAAAAAAAAUCAUGCUUCUUAAUUUGCCUUGACUGCGAAACUUCCCGACUUUUACAGAAGAGAAGCGAUCUUAGUGUGUUUCUAAGAGAGCGUCUAUAUUUUUUGAAGAUUUACCUGUUUAUACCCUUUCCCCCCUUAACGCGAGGUGAUACUUUACAAUUGAAAAAAAAAAAAGGGAAAUUGUGCCUAUUUUAAUUUAUUUUUUAUUUAUUUUGUGCAUUAUUUUUUUGGCACUGUCUACUCGAAAAAGUAUACAGUUUUCGAGAAAGAAAUUGUCAAAUAGAUGUGGUUUUUAUAUUUUACUAUAUAGUUUAAUGAAAAGAGAUAUAUAAUACGAAUAUAUAAUAUGUAAUAUGAAUAUAUAAUAUGAUAUGUAAUAUGAAUAUAUAAUAUGAAUUUUGUGUAAGAAUCAACUGCGCGCGUCUUGUUGUUUGCGUGUUUUUACAACGAAUGUGUACUUUGCGAACGUUUUUACUUAUUGCCGCAUGCGCGAUCGGUGUUCGAACAUCUUCUCUACAUGUGUUUGCGAAAUAUGUAAAUUCGUUGUAAAAGCACGCAGAGCAGAGGUGUGUAGUUGGCUCCGGUACUACAAUGUUACAGUCGGUGAAACGGCUUAACGGCGUUGUGUUUAUAAAUAUACUUAGGUAGCGCGGACUGUUGCUUUGCAGAUGACAGAGUGUAUGUUAGAAGACACGGUUUUUUGCUCUCUUCUUUCCAAAAUGUUCUUUAAAACUCGUAGAAGGACGUUCUUUCACGUAAUUUUUUUCAAAUAAUAAUAAUAAUAAUGCUGUACAUACAAUGAAAAUGAAAAAUAGAUAUACAUAGAGACAAUUAUAUUAUUAACUAAUUAUAAAGAUAAGUAAUUAUAACUUGUUGACGGUAAAGACGGGGCAAGAGAACUGUGUCUGACUUCUUUCGUUUUUUUUUUUUCUUCGCGCGAGUUCACGAACUCUCAAAUUCCUUGACUGAAUAUCUGAACGAUUCUUUUCAAAUGUUUUUGCACAUGAUGUAAGAAAACAAAUGAUUUUGUGAUACAAUGAUACGAGAGUUUUUUUUUUUCUUUCUACAUGUUUGUCGAUCAGACCUUCCGAGAUGAAGAUUUUUUUGUUGAGAUGUUUAUAAAGUCGAAAAAUAUUUAAGUUUCAAAAUGUGUUCUUUUAGUUGUAUCCGCGAGACCAAAUAAUAGAAAGAGAAAGUAUAUAGAUGUAAGUACAAAUAUAUAUAUAUAUAUAU